UGCUUCCGCCUCCCUGUGGCGACGGCUUGUUGUUGUGGAGGCCAAAAUGGCGGCUCAGGCGGCGGCGGCGGCCCAGGCAGCGGCGGCCCAGGCGGCGCAGGCCGAGGCGGCCGAGUCGUGGUACUUGGCGCUUCUGGGCUUCGCCGAGCACUUCCGCACGUCCAGUCCUCCCAAGAUCCGCCUGUGCGUGCACUGCCUGCAGGCCGUGUUCCCCUUCAAGCCGCCACAGCGCAUCGAGGCCCGAACGCACCUGCAGCUCGGCUCCGUGCUCUACCACCACACCAAGAACAGCGAGCAGGCGCGCAGCCACCUAGAGAAGGCGUGGUUGAUAUCACAGCAAAUCCCACAGUUUGAAGAUGUUAAAUUUGAAGCAGCCAGUCUUUUGUCUGAAUUAUACUGUCAAGAGAAUUCUGUUGAUGCAGCAAAGCCGCUGCUGCGGAAAGCAAUCCAGAUCUCACAGCAGACCCCAUACUGGCACUGCCGCCUGCUCUUCCAGCUUGCUCAACUGCACACACUUGAAAAGGACCUGGUGUCAGCCUGUGACCUCCUGGGCGUGGGAGCCGAGUAUGCCCGGGUGGUAGGAUCCGAGUAUACACGGGCUCUGUUCCUGCUCAGCAAAGGGAUGCUGCUGCUGAUGGAACGCAAAUUGCAAGAAGUUCACCCGCUGCUGACCCUCUGUGGACAGAUUGUCGAGAACUGGCAGGGGAACCCCAUCCAGAAGGAGUCUCUUCGCGUCUUCUUCCUGGUGCUCCAGGUGACACACUACCUGGAUGCCGGGCAGGUGAAGAGCGUGAAGCCAUGCCUGAAGCAGCUGCAGCAGUGCAUCCAGACCAUCUCCACGCUGCACGAUGAUGAGAUCCUACCCAGCAACCCUGCUGACCUCUUCCACUGGCUGCCCAAGGAGCACAUGUGCGUGCUCGUCUACCUGGUGACCGUGAUGCACUCCAUGCAGGCCGGCUACCUAGAGAAGGCGCAGAAGUACACAGACAAGGCCCUCAUGCAGCUGGAGAAGCUCAAGAUGCUCGACUGCAGCCCCAUCCUGUCCUCCUUCCAAGUGAUCCUGCUUGAGCACAUCAUAAUGUGCAGGCUUGUCACGGGACACAAGGCCACCGCGCUGCAGGAGAUCUCCCAGGUCUGCCAGCUGUGCCAGCAGUCACCCCGGCUCUUCUCCAACCAUGCAGCACAGCUGCAUACACUGCUGGGCCUGUACUGUGUCUCUGUCAACUGCAUGGACAACGCAGAAGCCCAGUUCACCACAGCCCUGCGGCUCACCAACCACCAGGAGCUAUGGGCCUUCAUCGUGACCAACCUGGCGAGUGUGUAUAUACGGGAAGGAAAUAGACACCAAGAGGUACUGUACAGCUUGUUGGAGAGGAUCAACCCUGACCACAGCUUCCCUGUCAGCUCACACUGCCUUCGAGCGGCAGCUUUCUACGUGCGCGGGCUCUUCUCCUUCUUCCAGGGACGCUACAACGAGGCCAAGCGGUUUCUGCGGGAAACUCUGAAGAUGUCGAACGCGGAGGACCUAAACCGGCUCACGGCCUGUUCCCUGGUGCUCCUAGGCCACAUCUUUUAUGUGUUAGGGAACCACAGGGAAAGUAACAACAUGGUGGUGCCUGCCAUGCAGCUGGCCAGCAAGAUCCCAGAUAUGUCAGUGCAGCUGUGGUCGUCGGCUCUGUUGAGAGACCUGAACAAGGCCUGUGGGAACGCUAUGGAUGCCCAUGAAGCCGCCCAGAUGCACCAGAACUUCUCACAGCAGCUGCUGCAGGACCACAUUGAGGCCUGCAGCCUCCCGGAGCACAACCUCAUCACGUGGACAGAUGGCCCGCCCCCUGUGCAGUUCCAAGCUCAGAAUGGACCCAACACCAGCCUGGCUAGCCUCCUGUGAGGACCCUGAAGGGGUCUGCCCAGCUUCUCGGGGCCUCCGCAGGGCCUGGUGUGUUUCUGACUUCCACCCAGAUGGCACUUGUGCUUUCCUCAGAGGCAUGCUGGCAUAGUGUUCCCAGGCUUCUUUCCCGACUGUCUCCAGAGCUUCCGAGUCCCUGGGAGUGUGCAGGUUCAAUUCCCACCCUCCCAGGAAGGGCCAGCCGGCAUUCCCACUGCACACAGGACCUCAGUGCUGAGGCUCGCAGGUGGGACGUUGAAGCCAACUUUCCAGAGCCAUCUUUUAUGAAUGGACGUGAACUGCCAGUCCUGCUAUACAUCUUAGUUACGCCUGCUGGGGAGCACAUCUGGGUGGGAAGUGCCAGGGUAGGCGGCAUCGCCAACUGACUUCCAUCAUAUGGCCUUCUGUGCCAGGCUGGAAUGUUUCCUCUGCUCUCAUGGCAGCUUCCAGAGCCCAGAGGCAAGACGCUGGUUUCUGGCCUGAAAUUGGGAGGAAGAAGUGAUUGCUCACAUCAGGGACAAAGUGCAUGCCCUGCUAUGACACUUUGCCCAGCUUGCUUUUCUCUCCAGCGUCCAUCCUUCUGAGAGCUGGGGCCUCUGGUCAAGGGCCCUGGGAGCCCAGGAACUUGCCUUCCAAACUUCUGCACCUUGACUGGAUCUCUGUUUUGCCAUGGGGGUACACAUGCUGUAGACACGGGUGUGCAUGUGUGUGCGUGCUAUAGACAGGUGUGUGUGUGUGUGCCUAUGCCGUAGACAUGGGUGUGUGUGUGCGUGCGCGUGCGUGCAUGUGUGCGUGCAUGCAUGUGCAUUGAUUCUCAGAGCUGGAGCCAGAACUGAGACUCGUGUUAGCACCAGCUGCCUUCCCGUGUCAGCAUCCAUACCAUGGGGGUAGUAAGCCAGGGAGAGGGGAGAGGACUCUCCUCAGCCCAACUCAGGAUCCAAAUGAAGGGGCUGAGGCAGCUCUGUGGCCUCCUAGGCAGAGGACAUUUGCAGAUGCCUGGAGCUCAGCCGACCCUACCUUCAGGAGGGAGGAGGAGUAGAUCUACCUGCCUUAGGUUUCAGGAUAACGUUGAAACCUUUUCCCAAGCUGGACUCAAGGAAGUUCUGCCUGGCCCAAACAGUGUGCUCAGUUCUGUGCACUUCUUAAAUAGUUCAGGAGGUGCAUCGGGGGUGAUAGAUGGAUUGAGGGUAGUCGAGGUAACCACCCCUCUAGCUUCCGAUGUGUGGGAAUGGUGCCCCGCUGAGGGGUGGCAAGUAGUCUUGCUGAUAAGGGUGGCUUGUGGGUUUGAGUCUUGUUACUUGCAUUGUGAAGGCUGCUUCUCAAAGCCUCAGUGUCUGUGACAGAAGGAACAUUAUCUGGGAUUGCUCAGGUAGCUGCUUAGCCCCUGAGCCUAGGUGUGCCUUAGCCACAAGCAGGGCUGUCAGCUUGUCCUGGGCCACUGCCUUCACCAGGCUGGUGUCAGGGUCCUGCUGCACACCUGGGGGCCACUGACAGGUAAGCAAGUGAGCUGUCAGAGGGAUGGGCUGGCCGGAGCUUGUUCUAAGAGGACCCACCUUCUCUGCAUCACCCAGGAGAUGCUGGCCCUGUCUCAUGCUCCCCCGGGCUGCCCCUGGCUGCCCCCUUGGCUGAUAACCCUGGGCUUGUGAGGCCUUUGGUGGAGAGUGUAAGCCCGGCCAUAAGCUGUCUCCAUUCUGUCUUCCUUCCCCCUUAAGGGUGUCCCCCAGGCCUUCCCCCCGACCCAAGGGAUGGAACCCCUGUCUCACCCAGGUUGCACCUGCCAGCUUGGACCCCAUGCUGUCCAACUUCUCCAGACCCACAUUACUUCAAUCACGCUGCACAUCAUGUUCGUCUCUGCGUAUUUAUUUAAGCCUUUCGUUGCUUCUAGGGCAUUUUGUAUGUAGAGCAGUUGAAAUAAGAACCUCAAAACUUAAUAUCUGUUCUAAUGUUAAAGUGCUUUUAGUGACCACUCUGUUAUCUAUGUAUGUGUGAGGUUAAGGAUAAGUUCUUAAGUUUACAGUUAAAAAUUCAAUAUUUAAUAUUCCACUCUAGCUUUAUGGAAGCCAAACUAUGUGUACGGUUUAGAACCUCUCCUUCACCACAGCAUUUUCCAGUUACAUCGAGCUGGCAUACAUACUUUACUGUGAGUCUACAUUCAGUUUCUCAGUCAUAAGAAUUUAAGACAGGGAGCAAGCAAGCUACCAGGGAGAUAUUGCACAGUGUCAUAUAAUUAACUGUUUAGAAAAAACAAACUCCAAACUCUCCAGCUUAUGCGGUGUACCAUAGUAGCAGAAGGAUUUCUGUUGUCAGAUCAGUUGCUGAAAGCUGGUUAGACCCUUGUGUGCUCCUCCCACCUUCUCCUGUUGGCAGUAGUGGCCCUGAGCCUGUAGGUCUGAGGUGCUGGUCCAGGAGGUGCCCCUAGGUUCCCUCAAAAUUACACAGCUGCCUCCCCCUGCUGGGUCCCUGCAGGUGCUCACAGGUGGGGUGAAGAUCCUCUCCCUGGGGUAAGUGCUACCUAUCCCACUUACUGGGAACACAGACAAAGAAAUAGGAUAAGGGCUACCUGGCACGGUGGGUUUUUGGUUGCAUUGUCUCUUUGUUAAAGGAUUUUUAAUAAGUAUGUUUGGCAUAAUGUCUUUUAACGGGUUUGUAAUAUGGUUUUAGCAGCCUGUAACUUCAGCUGGUGCUUUUAAUCAGGAAAACAAAAAUUUAUAAAUGCAAAACAUUGUUUAAAAGAUAUAACCAUAGAACAUAGCUUCUUGUUUGUGGAUUUCUUUUUCUGUGUAUUUAAAGUAAAAUCACUUGCAGGAGCCAUCA